AUGCGGGGCGACGACGAUUACGAGGGGCAGCAGUCUGCGACCCACGGUGGCAGCUACCCUGCCGGCGGCAACUACAACCACGAGGACGACGAGGACCUGAGUGGCGCUGCUUCGGCAGCUGCCCAGCACAGCGGCACCGAGGACCGCGGCUUCUUCAGCGACAUCCUAAACCAGAUUGGCCAGAAGAAGGGCAACAUUGCCAGCGAGAGCGUUGAUGAAACUGCCGCCGUGCAGAGCCACCAGAACUACUACGGAGGCCAGAGCAGCGGUGAUUCCGCCACAUCGGGCGGCAUGGGCAUGGCUGCGGCGAUGCAGGCGCUCAAGAUGUUCAGCGGCGGACAGUCCAGCAGCAGCAGCGGUGGCCAGAGCCAGAACCAGUUCAUCGGCCUGGCCAUGAGCGAGGCCAGCAAGCUGUUCGACAACCAGGCGGCACAGGGCAACGUGGCGUCGGGCGCGAGCAAGCAGUCGGCUGUGCAGCAGGCCGGUGAGAUGGCGCUCAAGAUGUUCAUGAAGAGCCAAGGAAGCGGUGGCAGCAGCGGCGGCAGCAGCGGCGGUUCUAGCAGUCUCAGUGGACUUCUGAGCAUGGCUAGCAAGUUUAUGUAA